AUGAAUACAAUUAUAUACAACCACAUAAUUGUUUUUGUAUUUAAGGUGCGUAUAGCAGCAAAAUUCAUAAUUCAUGCUCCUCCUGGGGAAUUCAAUGAGGUGUUCAAUGAUGUUCGAUUGCUGCUUAAUAAUGACAAUCUUCUCAGGGAAGGAGCAGCCCAUGCAUUUGCACAGUACAACUUGGACCAGUUUACUCCAGUAAAAAUUGACGGUUACGAUGAACAGGUUUUGAUAACAGAACAUGGUGAUUUGGGAAAUGGAAAAUUUUUGGAUCCCAAGAACAAGAUUUCUUUUAAAUUUGAUCACUUAAGAAAGGAGGCUACUGAUCCUAGACCCCACGAGGUUGAAAAUGCCAUAGAAUCCUGGAGAAAUUCAGUUGAAACAGCAAUGAAAGCAUAUGUGAAAGAACACUACCCAAAUGGUGUCUGCACAGUGUAUGGUAAAACAAUUGAUGGACAGCAGACCAUUAUUGCAUGCAUAGAGAGCCAUCAGUUCCAAGCAAAAAAUUUUUGGAAUGGCCGCUGGAGGUCAGAAUGGAAGUUUACAAUCACCCCUUCAACCACUCAAGUGGCUGGCAUCUUGAAAAUUCAGGUUCACUAUUAUGAAGAUGGCAAUGUUCAGCUGGUGAGCCAUAAAGACAUACAAGAUUCUCUAACAGUGUCUAAUGAAGCCCAGACAGCGAAGGAAUUUAUAAAAAUCGUAGAGGCUGCAGAAAAUGAAUAUCAGACUGCUAUCAGUGAGAAUUAUCAGACUAUGUCGGACACUACUUUCAAGGCCUUACGUCGACAAUUGCCAGUUACCCGCACCAAGAUUGACUGGAACAAGAUCCUUAGCUAUAAGAUUGGAAAAGAGAUGCAGAAUGCUUAAAGUGAACGUUGCAUGACUGGAUCAUUUUAGUGUCCUUGUAUACAAAUAAAAAUUAUUACAAAAAGUAUCUGGAACUGUCAAAUCACCCAGUCAGCAUGGGCUUUUGCCAUUGAAAAUCACUGUAAGUAGUUUGGUUAGAGCACAAAGCUUAGCUAAUUGACUUUUUUCCUUUUUCUUUCUUUUCAGAGGGUUGCAACUUCAGUAUAGCUGAGUAUCUUCCUUUAGAGUUUCUGUUGUACCUUUAUUUUUUUAUAAUGAAGAGACCAUGCCUUUAGUUUUCAAUUACACGUUAAGAACAGUUUGAAAAAUAUUUUUGCAUACGAUAACCCUUUCUCUUGCUUUCAUGUGAAAUGGACAACUUCCAAAAUUUGCUGGAUUCCUUGUCAAGAUCAGUAAUGUGCAUUUCUAGGUCAAGGUCAACAUGGAGUUAGCCAUAGGUGCUGUUUUUGAAAUCAUCUAUCCCUUCGUUGUAUGUAAAAUUGGGAAAAGCAUUUUCUAUAUUGUUUAAACCUUUCAGAAUACUUACUUAGCUAGCUCCGUGGUAACUAAAUUUGUUUUUUAAAAGAAAAGGCCAAGGUCUAACGCUGUUUUAAGAUUUUGAAAUUAAAUAAAAGUACUUAUUUCAGAAAUGCAUUUAAUGCUUUGUUCCUGACAAUUACUUAAAUGAGCUCAAACUCCAUCUGCCCUUGAGGUUUUUUUAUCAUAAAGCCACAAAUGUGUUAUAACAAGGCAUAUUGUAAUAUAUAUAAUCCUGUACUCAUUAUUAUGUCUGUCAGUUUUUUCUUGGAUUGAAAUGUACUAAAAUUCAAUGUGACAUUAAAAUGCAAAUUUUCUAUUUAUUUGAGUAUCAGAUUGCUUCCUGAUAUAGCCUAUUUUUGGUGUUUCUAUAUAUUUUUAAAUACUGCUUAAAACAGCCACAAAUUUGUGGCCUAUUGGCUAUGCUCAGUGUAUCUGGAGAUUGUUGUAAUAUCAUGCACUGUUUCCAUCUGCAUUUAAGAAACAUCUACAUAUGGAAGUCUGCUUAAAACAGGUAUCUUCUAGCUUCAUAUUGGCUACAGAGGAUGGAAGAAAUUACAAGACCAAAAAUAACACAUUUGUCUGGAGAAUACUUUCCCUGUCUGAUAUAUCUCGUAUUGAAAAUGGACAUCAGGUAUCUAAAAACAGACUUCAUUACAAAUGCUGUAUAACACUUCUGCGAAAUGCAUAGAUUUCAUUUUUAAUUGGAUGAAAACCUGUUUUAAAAUAUGCUACCUAAUUAUAUGCUCAUGAUGGAAAACUGAACAGCUUUUUUUUUAGAAGGCAGGUAUUUAUGCACACUCCUAAACCAGUAAAGCUUACACAAAGGUUUUCUAUCUUUGUUUACAGCAUGAUCCAAUUAAUUACCUUAAACUGUUAAGUUACAGCAUAGCAAGAGAAAGAGUCUAGACUUGUACUGGGUAUAGAAAUGUACACACAAAGUAGUUUACUGUUUGAAUUGUAAUAGCAAUACCCCUAUGUUCUGUUCUUCAGUGCUGUCUUAUAAAGGGGUAUAGAAUUAACUGAAGUUCUUGAAGUUGCUGCUACUUUACAGUACUAAACUCUGUAGUAGAAGAAUGGGAUUUGUUCUACCACAGUCUUCCUGGAGAGUUGCCCUCUUAAUUGUCUUCGUAGGUCAGCUGUUGAACUGUGUUGUUCUUUAAAAGAAGGCUUAUAAAAGCUGUAUAUGAGCUAAUAACGGAUGCUGAGUCACUGUCAAGUCAGUCUGUCAGUCUUAACUAAGAUCUAAAUACAUACCUUGUUUGAAGAAUUUCUUCAACAUAUUUAAGAACAUGCUAAAAAUAAAAGACAGUGAAUGGACAGUUAGGAGAACUGUUAAUGGGCAACAACAGUGCAAAUAACUUUUCUAGCUGUUAGAAUAUUGCGUAUGACCAGAAUCAGCACUGGCAAAAAGUCAGAAUGCUAUUUUUCUUACCUGAAAUAAAAAGCUAGUUUUAAAUAUAUUCCUAAUAAAGAGCUAUUUUACUGUGAAGUACUCUA